CCGUAGGGGGACCUCCUUCCUGGGAUAAGACCUCGGGAUCCACGAUGGGUUUGAGAGGGUGCGCGUUCUCCAGGGCUAGGCUAGGCUAGGGAUGCCGAGCGAUCGAUCGAUGCGCGAGUAAGGCGGCGAAAUCUGGGAGCGCGUCAAUCGGCGUGGCGGAGCUGCAUUGUGAUCCUUGGCAGAGCAGCGGCGGCGCUGGGUAUUUAGGGGAUUUGGCGCUCGAUCCGGCCAGAGCAUGGCCGGGAGCUGGGGCAGCGGCGCCUAUCUUUUCGCAAUGCAGAUCCUCGUCGCCAUUCUCGCCAUGUCGGUCGCUCUCUCCGCCGCGGACGCUGGCGCUGCUCCUCGGCACAGCAACGCGUACGCGACGAUGAUGUACAUGGGGACGCCCCGGGAUUACGAGUUCUUCGUGGCGAUCAGGGUCAUGAUGCAGUCCCUGGCGCGGCACAAGGCCGAUGCCGAUCUGAUCGUCAUCGCCUCGACGACUGUGCCGCCGCGCUGGAUUCGCACGCUGAACAAAGAGGGCGUCAAGGUUGUCUCGGUCACCGAUAUCCCAAAUCCAUACAAGGGGAUGGAUGGAUUCAACGAUCGGUUCAUGUUCACGCUCAACAAAAUCUACGCGUGGUCUCUCACAGACUACGAGAGAGUGGUGAUGCUCGACGCCGAUAACAUGUUCUUGCACAACACGGACGAGCUCUUCCAGUGCGGGGAGUUUUGCGCGUGCUUCAUCAAUCCCUGCUACUUCCACACGGGCCUUUUCGUUCUCAAGCCUUCCAACGAGACGUUCCAGGACAUGCUCGAGGUCAUAAAGGAGGGAAGAGAGAACAACGAUGGCGCCGAUCAGGGGCUUUUGACAGCCUACUUCAGUGAUCUUUUGGAAAGGCCACUGUUCACCCCUCCCCGAAAUGGAUCGAAAUUGGACGGCUUGUAUCGUCUUCCUCUCGGAUACCAAAUGGACGCUUCAUAUUACUAUUUGCGUCUCAAGUGGAAUGUCCCAUGCGGGCCAAACAGCGUAAUCACAUUUCCAAGCAUUCCACUACUCAAGCCAUGGUAUUGGUGGGCCUGGCCGGUCCUUCCUCUUGGACUAUCGUGGCAUGAGCAGCGAAGAAAAUCCAUCGGAUAUGGUACCGAGAUUCCGAUCCUGGCAGCGGAAGCCAUUUUCUACCUCAUAACCAUGACUGUCUCGUUAGUCAUACGCCGCAGAUUUUCGUCCUCCGAGAAAGUCCCCCUCAAAUCGUGCCUAGGUAGGUGUCCUUGUCCCGAUCUAACACAAUUCUUUUAUCGCCUAGUUGCCAAGCUGUCCCCGGUUGUCGCCAUUGUUAUGUGCUUCGUCCUUCCAUUCUUUGUCAUCCCGACUACAGUUCAUCCUGUGAUGGGCUGGAGUGUUCUCCUUCUCGGUUCUCUUUCCUACUUGGUCAUCACUGCAAACGUCUUCCAGUUGCCAGUCUUUCCCACCAUGACUCCCUGGGUCGGUAUCGCUGGUGUCCUCGUCGUCAUGGCCUUGCCGGUCUACGAGAAUGGGAUCGUGAGAAGCCUCGCCAUUGGAACUUAUGCGUUCCUUGCGGCGCCCUUCUUGUGGUGGGCUUUGAGAGAAGUCGUGGCUAGCAGGGAGGUGGGGUUUGCGAGAGAGCCGCUCAUGGCCUAUGGGAGGCAAGAGCCGCAGCAGUCAGCCGAGAUGAUGAAGCUUUGUUGAUUGAUGGAGUGAAGAAAAGGCGGCGGCACGACGACGAGAGCGACGAGAACUGCUGCUGCUGCUGCUACUACUACUACUACUUCUGCGACGAUCAGAAUUAUAUCCAGGUUCGGAGGGAGGUGUGUUUUUGUCGUAGCGGCAUUUUUCUUUUACUGAUUUUCUCUCUAACCAUUUUGACACGGCUAACUACAAAGUGAAGGGAGGAGAUAGAAAGAGAGAGAGAGGGGAGAGCUCCCAGCACUGUACGUGUGCUCGCUGGUGAGAUUUGCUCCUUAAAGAGCCUGCUUGCCUUUGCAGGGGAAUGUUUCAGGCACUUAUGGUCCGAUAGCGAAAAGAAAAAGCUUUAAUUUUGUUCUC